AUAACUUCUCCUGAUAAAAUUUUUAGCUACACAAACUUUCAAAAUUGAAAUUUUUUUUUCAAAAUCAGAGAAAGCAAAUAAAAAAGCUCAGCUGAAGAAAUUUUUUGGGAUUUUGGGAAAUCAAGGUUUUUUUUGUGUUUUAUUGAUUUUUGCGGUGGAAAAAGGGUGUAAUGAGUGGUUCAAAAUUGGAGGGGCCAUCGGCUCCGGUGGUAAGACGAGACCCGUAUGAAGUGUUGGCUGUUACGAGGGAUUCGUCGGAUCAGGAGAUUAAGACUGCUUAUAGAAAGCUUGCUCUCAAGUAUCAUCCUGACAAGAAUGCUAACAAUCCUGAAGCUUCAGAACUCUUCAAGGAGGUUGCAUACUCAUAUAGCAUUCUAUCUGAUCCGGAGAAAAGGAGGCAAUAUGAUAUGGCUGGCUUCGAGGCUCUUGAAGCUGAAGGAAUGGAUAUGGAAAUUGAUUUGUCCAACCUUGGAACUGUCAACACAAUGUUUGCAGCAUUGUUUAGCAAGUUGGGUGUUCCUAUCAAAACAACUAUUUCUGCUAAUGUUCUUGAAGAAGCUUUGAAUGGAACUGUCACGGUCCGCCCUCUUCCAAUUGGCACAUCAGUCAGUGGAAAGGUAGAAAAGCAAAAUGCUCAUUUUUUCGGUGUAACAAUUAGUGACGAACAAGCAGAAGCAGGGAUUGUAGUAAGAGUUACUUCAGCUGCCCAAAGCAAAUUCAAGCUACUAUAUUUUGAACAUGAUGUGAGUGGGGGUUACGGCCUGGCCUUGCAGGAAGAUAGUGAAAAAGCCGGCAAGGUAACCUCCGCGGGAAUGUAUUUCUUGCACUUUCAAGUGUACAGAAUGGAUUCAACUGUAAAUGCGUUAGCAAUGGCCAAAGAUCCUGAAGCUGCUUUCUUUAAGAGGCUGGAGGGCCUUCAACCUUGUGAGGUCUCACAACUAAAUGCUGGCACUCACAUAUUUGCUGUUUAUGGAGAUAAUUUCUUUAAGCCUGCUAGUUACACUAUUGAGGCUCUGUGUGCCAAGACAUACGAGGACACAACUCAUAAUCUCCAGGAUAUCGAGGCUCAGAUAUUGAGGAAGAGAAAUGAGCUUCGACAGUUUGAGACAGAAUAUAGAAAGGCAUUAGCGCGGUUCCAGGAAGUGACCAAUAGAUACAGCCAGGAGAAGCAGUCUGUCGAAGAGCUGCUCAAACAGAGAGACACCAUCCACUCUUCUUUCACCGUUACAAGGACAGUUGCUACCUUAAGUGGCAGUGGGAGUGGUCAUUUCAGUAACGGAGGUAGCAGUAAACCUUCUGGUGAUGACUCAAAACCCGAUAGCCCAGAGGAAGAUGGCAGUUCAGACUCCAAGGAUAAAUACGCGAAGAGAAAAUGGUUCAACCUUAACCUCAAAGGAUCCGAGAAGAAGUAACCAGACUGAAGGUAAUCCAUAGUCUAGAUGCUACGAGUUUCCAAUUCCAGCUCCGCGUUCAAGGACGAGGGCUGCCUGAAGAAUUCUCCGCAUGUAUUAUUUGUUCAAUUUCUUGGGGUUCCGAGACGUUCCUUUGUUUCAUUAAUUUUUUUCAAAAUAUCAUUUUUUGGGCAUGUUGAUGUCUGUUUUCUAUCGAUUGAUCGAAGAUAUAGAAGGUUUUUUUGUUCCUGUAUUGUACGUAUGAUUCUUCUGCUGUGUAUCAUAAUGUACUAGUCAAUGUACUCCAUUAUUUUCAGAUCUAGAUUCGAUUC